GGAGGCGGAGCCGGAAGUCGAUGGGAGUUUCCUGUGAGCUUGGCUUCCUCAACAUGGCAGCGCCCUUGUCAGUGGAGGUGGAGUUCGGAGGCGGUGCGGAGCUCCUGUUUGACGGUGUGAAGAAACAUCAGGUCACCUUGCCUGGGCAGGAGGAACCCUGGGACAUCCGGAACCUCCUUGUCUGGAUCAAGAAGAAUUUGCUAAAAGAGCGGCCAGAGUUGUUCAUCCAGGGAGACAGCGUGCGGCCAGGAAUUCUGGUGCUGAUUAAUGAUGCCGACUGGGAACUGCUGGGUGAGCUGGACUAUCAGCUUCAGGACCAGGACAGCAUCCUCUUCAUAUCCACGCUGCACGGCGGCUAAGGGCCCCUCUCUGUGCCUGGGCCCCCUUGGGGUGGGGGAACAGAACAAUCAGACACCCCCUUGGGCCCUGCUUCCAGAUCUCCCUGUCCCCCUUGGCUGCUUUCUUCCCUACUCUGUCCCCUGAGCUCCCUCCAGGCAGGGAAAAGAGGCCAGGUGCUAAAAAUGAGCCUUUCUCAGGCACGUGAGCAGUGGAAGGCAGGAAGGCAGGCAGGCGCCUUAGCCUGGCACACCCUCUCCCAGUAGCUGAGAUGGGGGAGGGUGCCCCUUAGUUUGUCAAGAGUGGAGAGGGGUCUCUGUGGCCAGGUGACCCAGCUGCCUUCCACUCCCUGUGUCUCAGUCUAAACACUGAGUGACCGCUGACAAGGCAGUCCAGCUCCUGGGCCACAGUGCCUUCCUGGGGAAGAUGAAUGGACCUGAAUAGCUGAUGGCAGGCCCCUCCCUUCUCAAAGACUGGAGGAGUCUCCGCCUCAGUUUCCCCAUCUGGACAGCAGAGGGCUCUGCCUGUCCCCCACUGAUAUCAUUAUGGAACCCCAGCUGGGGUCCCCUAUUCAGUGCUGACCCCCCUCCCCACCCAGCAGCUGCUCUUCCAACCACACCCCUCCUCCUGCUCCCCCAUCCACAGCCCUUGACCCUGGCUGGCCUUCCCCAACACAGACCACCAGAUGGGCUCCUGAGACCCUCCCCCCAGCAAAAGGCUGCCUGCAUGCAGCUCAUUCCACUGGGGGUAGAGAGAAGGAGGGUGUAGGCUAAGCCUUGGACUGGCAAGUAGAGGCCUGGGGUGGGGGGGUCAGUGUGCCUCAGUUUCUUCCUCAACAACUGAAUUUUUAUAGUGUCUGAAAACUGGGGAGAUACUUGAUGACACAAAUGUAGACUUUAUCUCCUCUCCCACCUCCUGCAGGAAGCAGGAUGGGGGCAGGCAGCACCUGGUAGGCAGGAUGGUUUGCCCCUCCCCCCUCCAUCCUUUCUGGAAGUCUUGGGGCCUCAGUGCCCGCAACAGCUGGCCUUAGGCAAAUAAAAGACUAGGUUGUUUACUACCUUGCCUAGAACUUCAUCCUUAGAAACCAGUGGCACCCCACAUCCCCCUCAACCAACCAUGGUCUUUGGUCCAACCUCUCUGUCCUCAGCCUAGGGCUUUCAGAACUGCCCUUCACCCGAAAAGGGAGCAAGGGUUGAAACCCAGACUAUCUGCAAAGGGGUGAUAGGGCCAUCUGGAGAAGGGGGUGGCAGAGCCAGUGUCUGCUGCCCAGGCUGGGUCCCAGGACACUUCCAUACUCAUCUGUCCGAGGCCAGGCUUUGUCCCCUCAGCCGCAGCCAUCAGCCCCAGAACCCAGAAUGGAGAUGGCAUGGAUAGGGCUGCUGAGCCCCACUUCCCGUUACCGGAGAAAAAGCUUUUUUUGAGGGAGACCUCAAAAAAAAAAAAAAA